AACACACCUAUAGUUAAUUUCAAUAAAUAAAUGUGAAGUAGUUCUCUGUCUGAUAUACAUUGCUUGUGUGCGUAUAUUUGUUUACAAUUUGGUCGUCAGUGAAGAAAAAUUGUUGAAUUUGAGUGAUUUCGAUUUAAAAACAAAUCAAAUAAAUAUUAUCUAUCACAAUGGCUAAAAUGGCUUUUCAACACCAGGCAGGCACUGCCAUGGAGUGCCUCAGUAUACCGAUUGUAGUACAUAAAGAAAUGGACUAUGAUGCUGAAGGAAAGGAGAUGCUGAAGUGUGGUUUUAAAAUUGGAGGCGGAAUCGAUCAAAAUUAUAAGAAAAGCCCACAAGGUUAUACGGACAAUGGCAUCUAUGUGACUGAUGUGCACGAAGGUAGUCCUGCGUCUCGAGCCGGCUUACGUAUGCAUGACAAAAUUUUGCAAUGCAAUGGUUACGAUUUUACAAUGGUCACACAUAAAAAGGCCGUGAGUUACAUACGAAAACAUCCCGUGCUAAAUUUGUUGGUGGCACGAAAAGGGGUCACAUCCACUUAAAUCACACAAUGAUAUUCUCUAUUUAUGUAUGUCCCAGUCAUAACCAUUUCGGGAGCAUUAUAGAGACUGAUUUGCAGAUCAAACUCAUCCACAAAAUAGUCCAAAUAUUUAACAUUCAAAAAGUUAAAGAACAAAUUCCAGAUUUAUACAAACAAAAAAAUAACAAUAACAAACUUAGUAUAAUUGUUUUUGAUGGUGUUUUUAUAAUGAUUAAAUUUAUAA